CCCCUUUUGAGGAUGCUGACAACAACAACCCCCGGAACUGUGCUUUGUGCUUUUGGCAACCUGCAACUGCAACUGCAUAUCCUCAGAACACAGCUUUCUCCCACCCACCACCACCGCUCUGCCCAUAAGCACAACUUAUCCGGACGCACUGGGUCGUCCUUCUCCGCUCCAAAGUCAAGGACGCAAACUCUCGAAAACUCAUUCCAAUAUCUCCGUCUCCGAACCUCCUGCUGCGAUUUUCCAACUAUCUGUCGCUUCCUAUCGGAACAGUUCCAGUCUCCCUCGCAGUACAACCACAACCAGCCAGACAGACCUCUACACCCUUCAACAAAAGCUAGAGUCUAUCGGCGGUGAUUGUCGUUCCGAAUGCCCAAGCACUCGAAGGGGGUGUACAUUCCCUUGGCUGCACCCCCUUUCGCAUCCUAUGAGUCCGACGAAUACGACGAAGACUCGGAAGCCGUCCCAUUCUCUGCAGGAUUUGCUGCCUUGGAAAGGGAAGAGGAGGGGGAGGAGGAGGCCGCAGGAGCGGCUGCGGGAGGGUUUGUUGCCUCUCAGAGUUAUACACAGAGUCAGCAGAUAAGACAUGGAUAUCCACGUCCGUCGCAACCGGGGCCUUCAAAGUACAUGAGCCCGUAUGCGGAGCCCUCGUCAAUCGAGCAGGAUAUAGAUCCUCGGAAUGCGGAUUUCGAAAACAACCCAGCAGGGUUUAUGGCUGGACCUGCCGAUUCGAUGCUGGCAAAGCUCUUACCUUCAGAAGAUGAAACGCCGAUAUAUGUCGAUGUCGAGAAUCGACAAUAUAGGGACACCGCCUUUUCCGCAAUUUACACUGGUGCCAUGUUAGCCAUGUUAAUCACUGGAAUCAUUCUCUUUGCCACGACUGAGAGCAGCGGAACGGAUCCUAUCCUUCCCCGACCGAUCUACAGUACUCUCAAAGACUCCUACAAAUUACUUUGCUUGACGAUAUCCGGGUCAUUAUUAGCCUGUUUCAUAUGGUUAUAUACACUCAAAGCCUUUGUGCGGCCCGUUGUAGUGCUAACAAUCGCACUGAUACCCGUAACAUGCAUCGGUUUCUUCGCCACCAUCCUCACGCUCUCCCUUCUCGGCAAAGCGCACGAUAAACCGUAUCUGGGCGUCCAGUACGAUGGCAUGAUUGGUGUCGCAGUUACAAGUUUAUUGGGAGGCGUUGCGUCUGGGUACUACCUUGUGCGGAAGAGGAGGGAGAUUGAUCAGACCAUUCAUAUAUUGCAGCUCUCCUGCGAUAUCCUUCGAACGAAUCCUGGCAUCUUCAUCGUCUCGAUCACGUUAACCUUGGGGUACCUUGCAUUUGCGGUCGUAUGGCUGCUUAUGUUCAAUCGAUUGUUUUUGCGGGGAUGGGGAGAUAAUGAUUCGUCUGGCAUUGCGCACUGGCAUAUGGCCGGCGGGACCGGAUGGGCGGUCUCCUACUACAUCCUCAUGUUUUUCUGGACGUCGUCUGUUUUCAAGAAUGUCGAGAAAGUGACGAUUGCUGGCGUGGUUGGGGAGUGGUAUUUCCAACGAGCGGAAGGCUCAGUCUCCCACAACCGAACCUACAAAAACUUCACCUCCUCCCUCACAACCUCCUUCGGCUCCAUCUGCCUCGCCUCCCUCAUCCUCGGCCUCAUCCAAUCCCUCCAACUGUCCAUCCGCCUCGCCCGCCGCUUAACCGGCUCCAAUGGCGCCCUCCACCGCCUCCUCACCGCCUGCCUCGACUGCUACGGCCAGCUCGCCGACAACGUCACCUCCUACGCCCUCGUCUACGCCGGCCUCACGGGCUCAUCCUUCCCUGCCUCGUGUUACAGCACCACCCGCGUAUUCCGCCGGAAUCUGGUCCUGGGCUUGGUGACGAGCACGGUGACGCGCUUGAUUAUGGGCCUGGCGACGGCGGGGAUUGCGUUGGCGAGUGGGAGUGUGGCCUUCUUUUUUGCGAGCAGGAGGUUGGAGAGCCCGUUUGCGUACGUGGUCGGGGCGGUGGGGACGGUUAUUCCGUAUUAUCUGGUGCAGGUGCUGAAUCAUGCUGUGCAGAACACCGUCGACGCAACAUUCAUGUGCUACCUCAUGGACGUAGACCGAAACGCGGUGAACUGCGAAAGUGCCCACCGCAUAUUCGGGUCCCUAACAAGUUGACCGGCCCCCACCCCGCCUUCUCCUUUUCUUUUUUCCUUCGUUAGUAUGAUUUUUUGUUUGCAUGAUACCUUUUUGCUUUUCGUUCCUGUAAAUCUUUUUGUUUUCGUGGGCGUUUUUUCCUUACCUUUUCCGUGAUGUUCUGGAGUCGCUCUAUUUGCUUCGCUUAUCCAGGUUACUAUGGGCAGGAAUCUUUGGAGCCAAUCAAUGCCAAAUAUCCGUCGUGCCGCUUCUGUGAUAUUCAGUAGUAGCCUCCCGGCUCCCGAGAUGAAAUGGACAUGGUUGGGGUGUGCGUAUGUCCUCUUCCCUGUCCUGAAUCCGCAUUGCACGUCGGGAAAUGCGUUACAUAAGCACCAAACCCACGCGUUCAGACCCCGUCAAUCGCGGAAAAAGGGGUCAAUCUA